GUUUAGUGGGAAUUUCUGGAAGGCUGGAAGAGAGAGAGAGAGAGAGAGAGAGAAAUCUGGGUGGGAAGGAAAGUAUCCAAAUGAUGCGUUUGAAUGAGUUACAUUCGCAGAUUUCACGCUGAUCAUUUGUAGAUCUGUUUUUAGAGCUUCAUGGCUUUGAUCGUAACAGAUCCCAGCUGCGAACAGAUCGGACUAACCAGCACCGCUGUCAGAAAGGAGAUCAGCGCGAAUACAACAAAAGGUUUAAAAAACAUCAGCAUGCAACCACAAGACGCAGAGUUUAACACCGAGGGUUUACCCAAAGCCUUUCUACACAGCCUGCGGACUUUGUUUGAUAUUUUAGACGACGGGAAGCGAGGCUAUGUGCACAUAUCGGAGAUCGAAAGUCGGUGGCAAGGCGCAGAGACGCAGGAUCUCCCCGGCGGUGUGCUGGAGAGUCUGAGGCGGGUCACACCACCGCACGGCUGCCUCACUUUCGAGCGCUUCGUAGCUGGACUUCGGUACUCGAUCCUCAAUCCUGACAAAGCACAUCCACCGAGCCACGCUCAAAAGCAACACUUCUAUGUUCAAAACGGGUUCAAACCGCAGCCGAACCAUAAAGUGCGACCUCUCGGACCGUGCAACGGGACCAAUGUCCAGCACAGCCGCGCGAGCGCGCCACAAAACCGCACGCGACAGCAGUACGACAGCAGGAGCUGUGCGUACACCGGUACAAGCAAACUCUGCUCCAGCGAUUCCUCAUCGUACGCGAACCCCGGUGUUCAGCCAUGCACAAGGAGCGGCAGGAGCCUGGAGCGCGUUCCCGUGGCGCCCGAGCGCGCGCCUAACCGGUCCGAUUCGGUUCGCGUGGGGAAAAAGGUGCAGCAUCCCACCCGCGUGCAGUCAGUCGAAUCAAUCCCGAUCGAGUCUUUUCCCAAGACAAUCUCAGGGCAGCAGCAGGGUGAACGUCUCGGUCUGCCUCGGUCACAGAGCGAGACGACCACAGGGUUUACGGCGACCAGGAGACACAGCAGGAGCCGGGAAGAGACGAGACGACACACCAUCACCAGCGGGGUCGAUUACGGAAUGCUAAAGCAGAUGAAGGAGCUGGAACAGGAGAAGGACUCACUGCUGUCUGGACUGGAUCUGGUGGAGAGAGCGAGGGAGUGGUACCAGGGUCAAAUCCACAGUGUGAACGAGAGACAGAGGCUCGUUGGGCAGAGUGGCCACCUCACUGAUUUUCUGACUGAAUCCAAUCAAUGUCGCCUGAAUGUCCUACUGCCCAAACUACAGGAAGUGAACCGCUGCCUUAAUGAGCUCAUGUCCUGCUCUGGAAUGUCGUUCCCUUCUCCGGGCGCACAGUCUUCUGUCCUUUCCCCCAGUGUCCCGCCUAUUCCUGCUCCUCCACAAGCCAUCCAGCGACUCAAGGACCAGAAUCACCUCCUCACACAGGAGGUGACGGAGAAGAGCGAACGCAUUACCCAGUUGGAGCAGGAGAAGUCGGCUCUGAUUAAGCAACUGUUUGAAGCCCGGGCUCGUAGCGCUCACGACAGCAGUGCCCUUGACUCAACCUUCAUAUGAAUAAACAGAUCAGACCACAACCACAACCAAAUCCCACUUUUACUUAGCCAAAGGACUGCAAACACUCCUUCACUACACCAGACGUGGAUUUGACUGCGACUGCUGCUUCCAUGGUGUACCGAUGAGGUUUCAUUUGACUACAUGCAAACAGGCGAAAGGUUAAAAGUCACAUAUUUCUUCACAAGCACGACUGACUCUAUGUUUAUGCACCACUUUUGCGUGAAUGUUGCCACGUUUUGUGCACUGACAGGCAUCGACAAAUCAGUGUCCUUCGGCAUGAGCUCCAUUUGUAUUUUAACCUUCAAGUUUUUUUAUUUCUUUCUUUUAUUUUAACAAAAGGACCUGAAUGCUGUGGCUUAGUCUUUCAUCUUUACACUCCAUAUUAUCAGUCAAACAUUUAUUGUUCUCACAUUAUGAACUUUUCUCAUAGUGGGCCUCAUUUAUCAAACCGCAAACGAGUCGUAAAUCGUUCGUGCGAGCCUUUACGCACAUUUACAUACAGGGUGGCCGCAGGUAAAAUGUAUUAAAUAAAGUUUUCCUAAUUAAAGAGUUUUAAAUCGUCAUAAAUUCAGAUCCGAUGGGUCGUAAAAAAAUGUUUUGGACACAUUACCUCAAAGAUGAAUCCAGUCUGAUGGUUUACAAUCAUUGGACAGACUGAAGCUUGUCAUUAGAGAGAAUUAAGGUAGCAGUCGAACUACAGCUAGCUGUCCAGCCUUCUAGCUAGUUUAACAUGUGUAAAUGCAAGUUUAAUGAAAAAUGGCUGAAGAACGAUGAGUUCUGGUGCCUGGAAAUGUCGUUUGUCUGAGAUGUUUUAAACUCGUUACAGUGUGAGUUAAGGUGGUGGAAUCACCCAACGAAAAUGGGAAGCAAGAGCUCGCAGGUAGACUAGAAUGGAAAGUUUCUGUACCACUCUUCCCACUACCACUAGUGAAGAUGUCACCACGGAUGGUUGGGAACCCACAGCCAACAGCGUCAUCAUCUGACCUCCAAACAACUUUUGGCUCAAGGCCAACACUCUAGGCCGAGAUGAUUUGGGUGCUGAGGAUGCUAACAAACCACCACUCAUUCUUGGUCAAAUGACGGAAUUGAGGAGGUCUUUAAAAGCUAAGUUUCCGGACUCUGGCCUUGUUCAGACAUUUACGUUUGGAAAAGACAAGACCAGAUGUGUAGCUACGUUUGGAUUGGCGCCGCAUGCCCGAAAAGAACUUAUCGCCGAGUUCGACAGAUGGGUGGUUUUGUUUCAUGUUUCAUGUUCGUUGAGACCCUGAACCGGAUAACUAAAAGCAAACAACUGGACCUGCAAGUGCUGUAUUGGUUAUGUUUCUGGACUCUGGCCUUGUUCAGACAUUUAUGUUUGGAAAAGACAAGACCAGAUGUGUAGCUACGCCUGGAUUGGCGCUGUAUGUCCGAAAAGAAUUUAUCGCAGAGUUCGACAGAUGGGUGGUUUUAUGAUCAUGUUUGACGAGACCCUGAACCAGAUAACUAAAAUGGCCAUGUUAAAUGACAACGGUUAAAUGACCGUGUUCAAAUUGAGGUGCUUUGGAUCUUAGCUUAUGGGCCGUGCAACUGCACAAGACCUACUUCAGCAUUUCAGAGUAAGUUUUCUUAAUUUGAAAUACAUACCA